CUUCAUCGUGCAAACUUGAAACCCUAAAUUGGAAGUUGGCGUUCGCACACAGACACAGACUAGCCAAUUGCCAUCCACGGUGCUACAUCUCUCUAAGAUUGUCAGAUUCAGCAAGCAAAAUGUCAGACUACAUACCUUUUGCACUCCAAUCAGAAAUAAUGAAAAGGCUUCCAACAAGAUCUCUGAUGCAGUUCAGAUCGGUUUCAAAACAAUGGAAGUCUUUGAUUGAUAGUUCUCAAUUUAUUGUUGAUUAUAGCCGCAACCACACUCACCAGCAGCAUUUGUUAGUAUGCUACACUUCACAGGAAGCUUUUCAAGAAGAAAACUAUGUUUCAAUUGUCGAUGAUGAAACUUUCCCGGAACACAGGUGUUUCCUUCCUCCUCCCACAGUCCAACUUGGUGAACCCACAAUACUCGGUAGCUCUCAAGGCUUAUUCUUUGUUUACACUCUUCAUGUAGAUCCACAUAAUUUCCGAAGAAUUAUGUGCACUGCUGCUUUUUGGAACCCUUCUAUUAGAAAGUCGGUUGCUGUUGAUGUGCCUUAUGUGUUAGAGCGGGGCUCUAAUCCUGCUAUUGGUUUUGGGCUUUGUCCUCACACCAGGGAUCCUAUGAUUGUCAAGAUUAACUUUAGUCAUAGUUUGUCAAACUUGGGCACUAUAACUUUCACCCCAUGGCAAGUUGAGGUUUAUACUUUGAGCUCAAGGGCUUGGAGAAGUAUCCCUACUAUCAAUCAACCGCGUAACUCAAUUCAAUUGGCGCGGGGUCAGGUUGUUAUAGAUGAGUUUAUUUAUUGGCUUGCUAUUGAUGGUUUGCCGACUGAAUUUCAGGGGUUUAAUCUGAUUGUGUCAUUUAAUAUGACAAGUGAAGAAUUUAAGGAAGUAUCACUACCUGAUACCUUAGCCCGUGCCCCUACCAGUAAUGUUGUUAUAUCUAAGCUAAAAGAGUCUCUCCUUGUUGUUGAAAUAGUUAAAGAGGCUGAGAAACAAGUGUAUGGUGUAUGGAUGAUGGAACAUGGUGUUUCAAACUCAUUCACAAAGCUGUUCACCAUAAACUCACCAGAUGCAUCCAUACAAGCGGUACUUGGUUUUAGGAAGAAUAAUGAACCUGUAUUUGCAAUGAGUGCUGAUUACAAUGUACGUGAUGUCUUUGUUCAUGAAGUCCACUCCGAACACAUCAAUCAUACUCAGAUUUGUGCGAAUGGAUUUCCACACUAUGCUUGUUCCUACAUGGAAACAUUGCUUUUGCUAGAUCACUGAGAUGGUAGCCCAUAUUUUGACGUGAAUUACAAAUAUGAUGGCAAGAUUUUGGGGCAUGGAUCUUGUAACAACUAUCUUUUGUAGUAAGCAAGCUAUGUAUGGGGUUAUAGCUCAAUUAGGGCACACAUGCGUUACUUGUUCAUUGUUCUGUUAUCUUUUUAUUUUGUUCAAAAGCCCUAGAGUUUGGAUGUUGGCUUUCUUUCAUAUCUAAAAUCUGUAUCUGUAUAAUUAAUACUUCCUUAUUGUCUAUUGGAUAUUUGGUUGCGAUAUA